GAUGUCCGAGCAUCGUUCCCCUUCGAACCCUAUGCGUGUCAGUUGGAGUACAUGCGCAAAGUGGUGCUUGCCUGCGAAAAUCGACAAAAUGCGUUACUCGAAUCACCGACCGGAACCGGAAAGACGCUCUGCCUACUCUGUGGCGUAUUGUCUUGGCGCGAGACGUUUGCAGCUCGUACUACGGCGAAAAUCCAGCAGAAGCAACAGGAGGAUGCCUCUUAUCACGCGUGGACGGACGACCAGUUGGCGAAAGACAUCAACAAUGCGUUGCCAAGAAUAUUUUAUACCAGUCGGACGCAUAGUCAGUUGAAGCAGGUUAGCCGAGAGUUGCGGAAGACGGCGUACAGGCCACGUGCGACAGUAAUAGGCGGUCGAGAGCAGCUAUGCGUUCAUCCCAUGGUCAGUAAUUAAGGCUAUUUACUAGUUGUUCAAAGUGGUCACUAGUUGUUCAAAGUAGAUGGGAAGAAUCAACUCAGCACUCUCUGAUAGAGGAAAGUGUAGUGGUCUGAGCACUUCUAAUCCCCACAAAAAGGCAUGAAACAAAGCGCCUUGUGUGGUCAAUUCUGCGCAAACACGAGAAACAACAAGAAAGCGGAGAAAUUCGGACAGGUGAUGAGCGUCGCGACAGGAGGGUCAUCAGGCUCCUCGGGAGGUGGAGGCAGUGGCGCUGGUGGGACCUGCAGCUACUAUUACUCCGUCUUCACGCGCAAGUACCAACAGAUUCUCCCGGACACCAGUUUGAUGGACAUUGAGGAACUGAAAUCGGUGUGCAAACAGAGCUUCGUGUGUCCAUUCUUCAAAUCGCGAGAGGACGCACGGGAGGCGCAGCUGGUUCUGUGUCCCUACAACUACCUCUUGGAUCCAGCGGCGCGUGGGGCACUGAACUUGUCCUUGAAGAAUUUAUGGCGAUUAA